GCGUGUACACAUGGAGGCGCUCGCGCUCUGUGACCCGGAUGCUGAUGUCACGGUUAGCGAGCUAGUUUCUCGGGCUAAAGGUGUUCGUGUGCUAAAAAAAAAAUACGGGUUUAUACACAUAAACUACACACAGCAUCGUUUCUCAAAAUCAUGGCAAGCACUCAAUGAAGCAUCCCGGAGACGAUGGCUGUGGUGUUGCUGAAGGAAUCGUGUCUGCUGGCUGUGCUGGUGUUGGGCUGCUACUGGAACAGCCUGCUCUGCGGCUUCGUGUUCGACGACGUCUCCGCCAUCUUGGACAACAAGGACCUACGGCCCUCGACGCCGAUUCAGAACCUGUUCCAUAAUGAUUUCUGGGGGACCCCCAUGUCAGAGGAGCGGAGUCAUAAAUCCUACAGGCCGCUCACUGUGCUCACAUUUCGCCUGAACUACCUGCUGAGCGAGCUGAGUCCAGCCUCCUACCAUCUGUUUAACGUCUUUCUCCACGUGGCCGUGUGCGUCCUGUUCCUGCGCUUCUGCCGCCUGCUGAUGGACCGGACCACCAGCCUGGUGGCCACGCUGCUGUUCGCCGUUCACCCCAUCCACACCGAGGCCGUCACGGGCGUCGUGGGCCGAGCCGAGCUGCUGUCCUCCAUCUUUCUCCUGGCGGCCUUCCUGGCGUACACCAAGUCGAAAGGCUCCGAUCGCUCCAUCGUGUGGAUGCCCAUCGUUCUGACCGUGUUCCUGGUUGCCGUAGCGACUCUAUGUAAAGAGCAGGGAAUCACCGUGAUCGGGAUUUGCUGCGUGUACGAAGUUUUUGUAGCCCAAGGGUUCACCUUGCCCCUGCUGAUGGAGAUGGCGCUGCAGGUGGUACGAGGGAAGGAUAUGUUUCCGUACUCUGUGCUGCAGACCUUGCUGAAGUUGGUGGUGCUGGUCAUCAGCACGCUGCUGCUGGUUAUAGUGCGAGUGCAAGUCAUUCAGUCGCAACUGCCCGUCUUCACCAGGUUUGAUAACCCAGCAGCCGUCAGCUCCACACCGGCUCGCCAGCUCACCUUUAACUACCUGCUUCCUGUAAACGCCUGGCUCCUUCUCAACCCCUCAGAGCUGUGCUGUGACUGGACCAUGGGCACCAUUCCUCUGGUGGAGUCUCUGCUAGACCCACGCAAUCUGGCAACCCUGGCCUUCUAUGUGCUGUUGGGCCUCCUGGCCUAUCACAGCCUGCGCCACGCCCACAGCUCUGCCAAGACCGUCCUCAUGGCUCUCUCUCUGCUCGUCCUCCCGUUCAUCCCGGCGUCCAAUCUGUUCUUCCCCGUGGGCUUCGUGGUGGCCGAGCGCGUGCUCUACGUCCCCAGCAUGGGCUUCUGCGUCCUGGUGGCUCACGGCUUCAAGAGCCUGGCGUUACGAGGGACUCUGAAGAAAGUCUCCUGGUUGUUCAUGGGCGUUCUUCUGAUCACGCACGCUUUGAAGACCUUCUCCAGGACGUGGGACUGGGAGUCGGAGUACACGCUGUUCACCUCGGCCCUGAAAGUGAACAAGAACAACGCCAAACUCUGGAACAACGUCGGCCACGCUUUGGAGAACCAGAACGAUUAUGAGCGAGCGCUCAGGUAUUUCCUCCAGGCUACAAGAGUACAACCAGACGACAUCGGCGCCCACAUGAACGUUGGAAGAACGUACAAAAACCUCAAUCGCUCCAGAGAAGCUGAAGAGGCGUAUCUGGUCGCCAAAUCUCUAAUGCCACAGAUCAUUCCAGGAAAAAAGUAUGCGACGCGUGUGGCCCCCAACCACCUGAACGUCUACAUCAACCUAGCAAACCUGAUCCGAGCCAACGAGUCUCGGCUGGAGGAAGCGGACCAGCUGUACAGGCAAGCCAUCAGCAUGAGGCCCGACUUCAAACAAGCCUACAUCAGCAGAGGUGAACUCCUGCUGAAGAUGAACAAACCCAGCGAGGCCAAGGACGCCUACUUGCGUGCGCUAGAGUUGGACCGUACCAACGCCGACCUGUGGUACAACCUGGCCAUCGUUAACAUCGAGAUGAAGGAUCCUUCAGAAGCCCUGAGGAACUUCAACCGUGCGCUGGAUCUCAACCCACAUCACAAACUCGCCCUUUUCAACUCGGCUCUGCUCAUGCAGGAAUCCGGUGAGGUGAGGCUCCGUCCUGAAGCAAACCGCCGCUUCCUGAGCUACGUGGAAGAGGAACCCAAUGAUGCCAACGGCUACUUCAACCUGGGCAUGCUGGCGAUGGAUGCUGAGGAAAACGAAGCGGCCGAACGUUGGAUGCGCAAAGCCAUCGCGUUGCAGCCCGGCUUCCGGAGUGCCCUGUUCAACCUGGCGCUUCUCCUGGCGCAGGGGAAGCGCGAGCGUGACGCACUGGCCGUGUUGGACGAGCUUCUGCGUCACCACCCCGAGCACUCUAAAGGUCUUAUCCUGAAAGGCGACAUUCUCAUGAACCAACUGAAGGACACGCGCGGCGCACGAGAAGCCUUUGAGCGCAUCCUGCGUUCUGACCCGGGCAACGUUCAGGCCAAGCACAACCUGUGCGUGGUUUACUUCGAGGAGCGUCAGCUGCCUCGGGCAGAGCAGUGCCUCCAGGAGACGCUGGCCAUGGCACCACAUGAGGAGUACGUACAGCGCCACCUCGCGAUCGUCCGUGCCAAAAUGGCCGCCAUGAGCGCCGCCGGGAAGCCGCUAGUGCCAGCAGAGGGAGCCGAGAUUUCGCAGCAGAGGCGGGCUCAGAGAGAGGAAGAGCAGGACGAAGCCGGGACAGAGAAGAAUUUACGGAAAUCCUCCCACGCCGAAAACCCCGGUGGCCAGGACAAGAAGCUGGACGGCGGCCAAGCAGACAAGCGGACUAAGAGCAAAUCCACGCAAGAGAUCAAAGACAUUGAAAAGAAAAGGGAGGCGGCGCUGAAGAGACUGGAGGAGAUCGAGCGCAUAUUAAGCAGUGAUUAACUUUUUUUUUUUAAUAAUGUCUACUUUUAUAGAUCUAUUUAAAGCACGGGAAAGAAGAUGUGAGGUUUCCAAAGCAAGAGCUGGUUUAUGCAUUGGUUUGAGAACACGGGUGGUGUUUUGGGAUUGAAUUGCGAGGCAGAGACAGGCUGUGAGGCAGAGGCACGCUGUGAGGCAGAGACAUACCUGAAUAGAAAUCAGGAGAGUUGGGACAAAAGCACAGAAAUGGGUACUUAUUUUUUGUUUUUUUGUAAAUGACUUAAAGAUCAUGAUGCCUAAGUGC